AUGGAGUCAACUUGGGCUUCUUUUGCCCCGCGUCUUGGGAAACGCUGGCUUCUCCUGGGCGCCCGUGUUUCAGCUGUAUGGAUUCUUUCGGUGUGCCUAGCUUUACCCAUUGCUGUAAUUGACCUCAGCUGGCCGUCGACUCCACAGACUGCUGAGGCCGUCAAGCUGCCCCCCAGAGGAUCAGUUUCGUAUGGAGGCUCUACAGAGCAGCUGCUGGCGCUUGAAGGGGCGGAGCCAGAAAAUGAGUCUACAGAGCGAGGCAAAGGCAAAGCCCGCCACCGAAGACGCAGGCCAGCGGUCCAGCUCUAUCUACGGAAACUCUUUAAAGGCCAGACGAUUGCAAAUAAAAGAAGAUGGAAACGUCUCGCCAGCGAAAUAUGCGACUGGCAUGUUUUCGAAAGGCACAGUUUUGGAGCGCCAUCAAAGCUGCUCAUUUUCUUGACCACUGCAGGACAAGAGCAGUCUGCGGGCUGCUGCGGUAUGAGAAGCCGGAGGAACCAAAGCGUUGAAAUCGAUCCCCCACUUUCCACCCAAGCUGAGGACGAUGCACUGGAUCUCAAUGGAGAGCUUUUGAAAAUGGUCCAGGACGUGCAAAAGUGCGAAAAACGCAAAAAUGGAACAAGACAUCCAUCAUUUUGUAUUGACGCUUUCGUCAGCUCUCCGCUAACGGCUGCCAUACAAACUGCCAGCAAAGCGACCGCCAUAGUGGGCAAAGAUAUUGCAUGCAAAGAUCCUCACUACAGUGAGACAACCAGAACCCGAGUGACCUGGCUGCUUAGUCCACUGGUGCGUGAACGAGUAGAGGGUUUAGCCGACGUGGGAACAGAACUUCAGGAGUUGCUGAAGCGUCUAACUCGAUUUUUUGAAACUGUACAAUUGGAAAGGACCGUUGUUGAUACGGGGGCCAUGGCUCCGGAACAACCUUGGUGGUACACCAACAGCGAAACUCAACUGCGGGAUGCUCUUGAAAGAACUCGUGAGUUGUUCUCCGACACGCCAUCUUCAGAAUCUGGUGAAGCAGCAGCAGCGGGGGUGACUGCAGAGCCCCACGAGGGGGAUGCAGGCCUGGCCGCAGGCUCCAGCGCUUCCAGUGUCGUCGCAAUCGGGUAUCCAGAUAUUCUUCCUCCAUCUAAAGGUUCAAAAGCCCUCAAGACAGCACUUGACGUGGCAGAAGCACUUCUGCUCAGCACCGUUGACUCAGGAACGUCCACUGAGAUGCCUCCUCGGGAAUCAGAGGAGGAGGCACUGCUCAGGGGAAAGAUACUGCUGCAAAGUUUAUGCAAAGCAGAGCAACUAAGCACCGCUUUGAUCACAACACACGAACGAUUUUUGAAAGUGCUUUCAAGACACAGCACUGUUGGCUCAGCGACCAUAAAAGUGGCUAUGUUGACCUGCGGUCCAGUGCCUACUCUGCAUUUUCUGGAGGGGUUGCAGGACAUCAGUGGGAGAGGAAGAAGCAAUAGCUCCUCCUCAGAGGACUCACAGGAAUCUGGCCAAAGUGAAUGGAGUUGA